GCGUCGCAAAGGGAAGGUGGUGGUUGUUGGUGCCCAAGCAGGUUUGAAACUGGGGGUCGGGCCUGGUCGUCGUUGUCUGUCGUUGAGGCCUUGCUAACGGCUAGGCCGUCCUUGCCCGCCCCUGCCCCGCCUCCUUUCGGACCUCUGGGUCCCAAGCCCGGCAUCCCGUCUGCCUCGCCCCGCCCUCCCCCGCUUGUCGCUGCCACCUGCCGACCCGGCCCCCACUGCGGCCCCGCUGCCGCCACCAUGUCCCUGCACGGCAAACGGAAGGAGAUCUACAAGUAUGAAGCGCCCUGGACCGUCUACGCCAUGAACUGGAGCGUGCGGCCCGACAAGCGCUUUCGCCUGGCGCUGGGCAGCUUCGUGGAGGAGUACAACAACAAGGUUCAGCUUGUUGGUUUGGAUGAGGAGAGUUCAGAGUUUAUUUGCCGAAACACCUUUGAUCAUCCGUACCCUACCACAAAGCUCAUGUGGAUCCCUGACACAAAAGGUGUCUAUCCAGACCUACUGGCGACCAGUGGCGACUAUCUCCGUGUGUGGAGGGUUGGUGAAACAGAGACCAGGCUGGAAUGUUUGCUCAACAAUAACAAGAACUCGGACUUCUGUGCUCCUCUGACCUCCUUUGACUGGAAUGAGGUGGAUCCUUAUCUUUUAGGAACCUCCAGCAUAGACACGACUUGUACCAUCUGGGGACUGGAGACAGGGCAGGUGUUGGGGCGAGUCAAUCUUGUGUCUGGUCAUGUGAAGACCCAGCUGAUUGCCCAUGACAAAGAGGUCUACGAUAUUGCAUUUAGCCGGGCUGGGGGUGGCAGGGACAUGUUUGCCUCCGUGGGUGCUGAUGGCUCAGUGCGGAUGUUUGACCUCCGCCAUCUGGAACACAGCACCAUUAUUUACGAGGACCCACAGCACCACCCACUGCUUCGUCUCUGCUGGAACAAGCAGGACCCUAACUACCUGGCCACCAUGGCCAUGGAUGGAAUGGAGGUGGUGAUCCUGGAUGUCCGAGUUCCCUGCACGCCUGUUGCCAGGUUAAACAACCACCGAGCAUGUGUCAAUGGCAUUGCCUGGGCCCCACAUUCAUCCUGCCACAUCUGUACUGCAGCUGAUGACCAUCAGGCUCUGAUCUGGGAUAUCCAACAAAUGCCCCGUGCCAUUGAGGACCCUAUCCUGGCCUACACAGCUGAAGGAGAGAUCAACAAUGUGCAGUGGGCAUCGACCCAGCCCGACUGGAUUGCCAUCUGCUACAACAACUGCCUGGAGAUACUCAGAGUGUAGUGCUGGUGGCACCAGGCCCAUGAGGCAGGGGCUUGUGUGUUUCCCACUUCUGCCCCACCCCCAAAGUAAGAAGAAACUUGUUUCCAGUGGCCAGUAUGUCUUGUUGCUUUUCACCCACUGUUCAGAAGCUGCUCCAGGAGUUCCCGGCCAGUUGUCCAUCGCUCUCUGUGCCGGACUCAGUGCUGUGUGGCGCCUCCUCAGCCCAGGGCUGAGUUUUAAGAUUUCUUCUCCUUUCCUGUUCUCCUUUGGUUCCUCAAUUAAAAAUUUCUGUAUAUUUGUUUGUCACCUGUUGUGUUAAUGAGUAUUACAGGCACUGGCUAUGUUUGUAUUCAUCUGCCCCAGAUGUGUCUGUCGGCUGCCCAAGGCAGCAGUCCAUGUCCUGUCCAUGUUUGUGUCAGCACUUAAGUGGGAACAAAUACCAACUAUGAAGUUAUCUUUCUUCCUACUCUCAGUGUCUUUAACAGAUUUCAAUUUUGUAUAUUUUUUACCUAUCGGGCUAAUUUUUUUAUGAAAAGAAUUUUACUCUCCCUGGUUUCUUCUUUGUUUCAUAGUUCUUCCUGUUUGCAUCCUCCUCUCUUCCCUCAGUGCCUGGAGCUGGCACUGGGCCCUGACCCCAUGAGCAGUUUGCCUUCUUGAAUUAUUGCCUGAGUGGUAUGUUCCUGACCAGGAGUCCCAAACCGCCUUGGUGCUCUGAAGUCUGCCGACUCAUCACACCUCCUCUCAGCCUGGCUCUUCUCGAGGGCAUUCCGGGCUCCCAAACAGAUGCUUGAAGCCUUUUGUUACACCUGGCAGUACCUCUGUCUGACCCCACUGUUCCCUACAGGAACAUGUUAGAGCUGAGAUAGUCAAGCUGAUUGGGGUGCAUCUUUAGAGAGGGAUGGUUUCCAGGAAGCUGAGCUUAUUUCCAGUAUAUAGUUUCAGAGUCUUGUUUUUCCCUCAAAAUAUGAGCUCCAGUCUGGUCCGUUUCAUGUCUUGAAUAAUUGGCAAGAAUGAUCUGUAAGGUGAACUUAGAUUUUUCUAUUUGUUUAGUUUUCUGUGACUUGACUUGUGGUAUAUUGGCACUCUUUGGAUUGAGUGCUCUGAGGUGAGAGUUCUCUUGAGAGGUACACAAUCUGUAUUUCUAACCCUGAACCAGAUCCCUUUUAGAAUGUGGGAGACUGUCAGCUCCUAGUGAGAAGUGAAUUAAUCAGCUGUAAUAAUCCAGCAAUGGAUGGCUACAACAGAAUCGUAGAAUCCAGGGUCAGCUAGUUAAGAGUUCUGCCCGCGACUGUCUACACCUUCCCCCUGUGCAUUUUAGGUCUGAGCAGUAUUGGACUUCUGGGCUGCAGUCGUCUGUGUUGACUUACAGGCUGCAGGUAUGUUUCCGUUAUGCGAAUGAGUUCCAUGGAGGGGGCUUGUGUGUGAUUCCACUGAUAGAUAAGUCUUGGGGGCAGGCAGAGUUUGGGAAACAUUCUGGGGGGAACUUUGCUGAGCUCAUCAUGCUCUGCUAAGUGCUCUCAAGUUUCUGAGUUGAUCAUCUGAGAUUGGGAGAGUAGCAGGCAAUAAGGCCAAUGGUUUUAUCUACUUAGUCUUUCAGCUGCUCUUGGAAAACAAAACAGUUAACUUUGUUCUUCUGAGUCUUUAAUCUCUUUUGGUUGUGUUUUCCUUUUCAUAUGUAUUAUUGUAUCCCAAAAGUCAUAGCACUUUGCUUUAUUACCCAGGGGCUUGCCCAAAGAAAACGACUCUUUUUCAGUCAGAGUAUUUCCUCUUCCACCUUUUUACUUUCUGGUUCUGACUUGAGGAUUCUAGCUUACCAUCCUGCUUGAGGUUGGCUCACUGCAUUUACCACUGGAUUUGUACCAGGUCAUUUGGAGAUGUAAAAUGGGAAGUUCUUUGUCAAAACCCUCUUCUGCUUGUACUUGUUUUUGAUAAUGGUUUCAGGGUCCUUCUCUUAAGGGUAGCACUUCUAAGCUGAUGGUUGCUCACUCUAAGAGGCCAUCAGCUCCUUCCCAUGGAAAAGGGUCUGAAAUGGAGGUCAGAGUGGUAGAAGGGGCUGGUCCUGUUGGAACUUGGUAAGCCUGAGUUGUGAGUUUAGAUUCCUUUCUUGAUCUGCAUUUAAACAUUUAAACCUGGUCUGAAUGGUAAGAAGAUAUGUCAACUGGAACCCAAAACAACCUUGGUUGGGGUGGGAGGGGAUUACUUAAUUGUAAUUAGAAUAUAUUUGGGUAAGGAAAUGGACAGUGUUUGAUGGUGGUUGUUUUUUCCUUACCCACUGGACUCCCGGCCCUAUCAUCCAUCCUUAGGCCCUACAGCUGUGGUCCUCCUGUCAGCCCACCUGGGGCCCAGGUGUGACUCCCUCUCCUUACUAAGCAAAUACAAGCAUCCUGAAAGUUGUUGGGUUGCUGUAUGGUGAAAUCCCAGUGCUCUUAUCCUCCUUUUAUGCCACUGGCCACAUGACCUCAUGGCUGAGGAGGGGAUUUCUGUGUCUUGGGAUUUAGAAAGCCUCUUAGCAAGCUGUACCCCAAGGAGCACAGCUCUGUUGGAGUUUCAAAAGCAAGUGUCUGUUGAAUUUGUUUAGGUACUCAUAUUGACAGCCAGAGAGAAUGAGUGGCUCUGGGUCUGCUCUCCUCUGGUGAGAAAAGGGCAGCUGCUGGGAUUUUGCUAGGAGGGCCACAUGGCAGCACCUCUGUUCUGCUUUGGCUUGCAGCGGCCCUUUGAUGUGCUCUUGGGAGACUGAUCCAAAGCUGCCUUUCUCUUUCCUGGUCUGCUCUGAGGUGCCAAGUAAAUUACACCUCAGGUCUCCACCAUUGCAGAGAGCUGGUGAAAGGGUACAAGUCAUUCAAGGGCUUGAGUGUUUACUGUCAGGAGAGUUGGAAACUUCUCCUUCCAGGGAGGAACUGGCCUGAAAGUUAAGGCUUGAAGAGCCCUUGAAAGAUAUUUGAUGACUGGGUGAGAAUUUCUCAUCAGAACCAGGGUCGGCUCUCAGAAAACUGGCUAAGAUUCAAGAAAAAAAAUUCAGAAUCCUAUAAGGUUGGGACUGAAUUUUUAGGGAGAAGAUUUAGGAUGUGGGAGAAAAUCAGUGGUAAGUGUUUCUUUAGAUCAAAGGAGGAAAUAGUGGGCAGUGGAAGUCUGAGGUAGGGAGGCAUUCAGGGUGCAUUGCCUGGCUGUGGAGGAAGCCUGUGCCCUUGGCCCAUGUCUGCCUGCCUGGACCACUAAUUGGGCAUCUGUGAUGAUAGUGACUGUGGGGACAGGAUCACUACUCAGAGCAUAGGGAGCCCUUUCCUGCAGCAGUUGCAGCCAUAGGGGAUGUUGGUCAUAAAAAUCUGCAAGCUUUUGGAGUGCUCUGACCAUCCUAGACCAUGACACUUUUGUCUAGGUUUGUACAGAGCAGAAGCAGCACAGGUUGUAAGCACUCAUGCUGACUUUUUCCCCCUCCUUAGGAUCUUCUUUUCUUACCUUUACCUUCCUACUCCUUCUUUGCUGUAGAUCCUUUUCCCUGCUGCAGCCUGGGCCUUGAAUCCUUAGAUAAGGACAUAAAGGAGCUCGCAUAUUUCCCAGACAUGGGAGGGCCAGCCCAGUACCAUCCUUCCACCUUCCCCGGAUUGAAAUACGGCUUUGACUGCCUGGCUUGGGGGGAGUGUGACGGACAGGCAUGUGCAGGAUGGGAGACCAUUCAAGUGGAAGCCCUGAAGCAGAUUCUUUCCUUGACUGGCUGCACUCCAGGUUAAGAAAGGAGGGUCAUGCUUAGCACUUAAAUUGAGUUUUCCUGGGGAGAAAAACUGAGCUGAGCAGUCACUGUGAAGCCUGGGUCACUGUGAAGCCUGGGUUAGGCUCUCAAAGAAUCGUCUUCUCUGUACUGGCUAGGCCAGCUGCUAAGAGUGGUUAGCAAAGCCUUUCCCACCUCUCCCACCUGCACCCUCUUCUCUGUAGUUGUCAUUGCUGCUAAUGGUAAAAGUCAAAUGUGUGGCCAUGCGGAAUGGGCCAGGUCCUCUCAGGCUACUUUCUGGAUGUGAGUUUUAAAAUAUGGAAGCAUGCAGGUGCCUUUGCAAAGGGGCUUGGACUGGUUAUCAAACCAGAAACAAAUAAGCUAAAGAAAGUUUGAACUCAAAAAGAAAGAUAUUGGCACAAGUCUGUUUAACAGCUGGAAAACUGACCUGUACCCUCCUUUGUGACAACCUGGUGAAUAUGAACUUCUGAUAUCUACUAGUUAAAAGAAGUGUUCUCACCUUGGGUCGAUUGUGGUAACAGUAUGUUAUGAAACUUGAGUAUGAAUCAUUUGCUUUGGUUCUGUGUAUUUUAUUAUCCCUCUGUCAAUGACUUUCCCUCCUCCCUCCCCAAAGUGUGAAUUUGUAGCAUGAUUGUAUAAAUCUCUAUGUAGAAAAUGGAGAUUUCUUGUUCCUGAAAAGUUAAACUCUAGCCAAUCAGUUUCUGUCCUCUUUAACCUAGUGUGUCUGAACUUUGCUUUCUUCUUUAUAUUUAAACUUUCACUCUGUACUAGGCUUUGUGGCAUCCCAUGGUCAGGUGGAGAGGAAGCUGCCCCCUGAAGAAAUGUACUGUCAUCAUUUUUCUUUUUUAAAUAUUAUUUUCACAGGACUGAUUAUACACAGGAAUUGUAAUAAAAUUUCUUAACACUGCUGUGAAACCAUGAUAAGGAAUCUCCACUGAAGGCUACUGCAAAGGCACCUGAAAGUGGAGUGUUACAUCUAUGACUUUAUUUCUUGCUUCCUAAGUACAUUAAACCUAAUUUUCACCCUUUCAUUGUUUCAACCCCCUGUAUAAGUACCAUAUUUUCUGCCCAUCAUACUUUGUAAUAAAACUUGAACAUGUAUAGAUUGACUGAA